GUCAUUCGGUUCGUUCAGAGCUCGGGUCAAAGAUAGGGAUUCCAUAGUUCGGACAAGGAAAUGAAAGCAGCGACAUUAUCAUCUAUGCUUAGCUACAAGGCUCUUAAUCUCUUCCACUCGUCCUCUUAUUACCCUCGUUCCUUUCAUUCCUCUAAAUCCUUCCUCACCUCUCUCCCUUUCUUCUCUCCCGCAACUCGCUAUCACAAUCGGAUCCAUUUGACCCACAACCUCCAAUUUCACACUGCUUCUUCCCCUGUGAUGGCCUCUACAUUUAACGCAGAAAGAGCCCGCGCCCCACCUGCCAUUCCCAUGCCUACUCCUCCUGUUACCAAGUUUAAUAUUGGGCUUUGUCAACUAUCAGUAACCCCCGAUAAGGAGAGGAACAUUGCUCAUGCUCGGAAAGCCAUCGAGGAAGCUGCAGAAAAGGGUGCUCAGCUUGUUCUCUUGCCUGAAAUAUGGAAUAGUCCCUAUUCAAAUGAUAGCUUCCCCCUCUACGCCGAGGAUAUUGAUGCUGGUGGCGAUGCAUCUCCUUCAACUGCCAUGCUCUCUGAAGUCUCUCGUCUCUUGAAGAUCACGAUAGUUGGAGGAUCCAUACCAGAACGUUAUGAAGGCCGAUUAUACAACACUUGUUGCGUCUUUGGCACCGAUGGAAAGCUAAAAGCGAAACAUCGCAAGAUACACCUUUUUGAUAUUGACAUACCUGGGAAGAUUACCUUUAUGGAAUCAAAAACUCUCACGGCUGGGGAGACUCCAACCAUCGUGGAUACAGAAGUUGGGCGCAUUGGUAUUGGCAUUUGUUAUGACAUUCGAUUUCAGGAAUUGGCAAUGAUAUAUGCGGCAAGAGGUGCUCACUUGCUCUGCUAUCCUGGUGCAUUCAACAUGACUACUGGACCCCUGCAUUGGGAGUUAUUGCAGAGAGCAAGGGCUACAGAUAACCAGUUAUAUGUGGCCACUUGUUCACCUGCUCGGGAUACUGGUUCUGGUUAUGUGGCUUGGGGCCACUCCACUCUUGUUGGGCCGUUUGGAGAAGUUUUGGCAACUACAGAACAUGAAGAGGCAAUCAUCAUAGCAGAAAUCGACUAUUCAUUGUUAGAGCAGAGGAGGGCAAGUCUCCCACUGACAAAACAACGGCGUGGCGACCUUUACCAACUGGUUGAUUUUCAGAGGCUGAAUUCCCAAUGAUAGGAGCUUGGCAUGAUGGACUACAGCUAUGCUGACUUCAAUAUUUCGAGACAACAUUCAUUGCUUGGUCUUCGUGGCAUGAAUUUGUCAUCUUUUGACUGUUAACAUGUUGUACUAUUUGCAUGGAGUUGAAACCAUGAAUAAAGGGAAGAACGAGUAAAUCAAGAAUGGGAAUUCUCCACGGAGAUUGUCUUUUAUAUGAGCAGCUCAUUUAAUUCUCAAUAAGUUA